GGUGCCGCGAACCGGGUGUCGGUGGGCUGCACCCCGGGCGGGAACGUCCGCCGGGCACAGAAGGGGGCCACGAUGCCGAUCAAUAAAUCAGAGAAGCCAGAAAGCUGUGAUAAUGUGAAGGUCGUUGUUAGGUGCCGGCCCCUCAAUGAGAGAGAGAAAUCAAUGUGCUACAAACAGGCUGUCAGUGUGGAUGAGAUGAGGGGAACUAUCACUGUACACAAGACUGAUUCUUCCAAUGAACCUCCAAAGACAUUUACUUUUGAUACUGUUUUUGGACCAGAGAGUAAACAACUUGAUGUUUAUAACUUAACUGCAAGACCUAUUAUUGAUUCUGUUCUUGAAGGCUACAAUGGAACUAUUUUUGCAUAUGGACAAACUGGAACAGGCAAAACUUUUACCAUGGAAGGUGUUCGAGCUGUUCCUGAACUUAGAGGAAUAAUUCCCAAUUCAUUUGCUCACAUAUUUGGUCAUAUUGCAAAAGCAGAGGGUGACACAAGAUUUUUGGUUCGUGUGUCUUAUUUGGAAAUAUAUAAUGAAGAAGUUCGUGACCUUUUGGGCAAGGAUCAGACACAAAGGUUAGAGGUUAAAGAAAGACCUGAUGUGGGAGUUUAUAUCAAAGAUUUAUCAGCUUAUGUGGUAAAUAAUGCUGAUGAUAUGGAUAGAAUUAUGACACUAGGCCACAAAAACCGUUCUGUUGGUGCAACUAAUAUGAAUGAACAUAGUUCCCGUUCUCACGCCAUCUUUACUAUUACUAUAGAAUGCAGUGAGAAGGGUGUUGAUGGGAACAUGCAUGUCAGGAUGGGGAAGCUCCACCUUGUAGAUCUUGCUGGUUCAGAAAGACAAGCAAAAACUGGAGCUACUGGACAACGCCUAAAGGAAGCUACAAAAAUCAAUCUUUCACUUUCCACCCUUGGUAAUGUAAUUUCUGCCUUGGUUGAUGGAAAAAGCACUCAUGUGCCUUAUCGUAACUCUAAAUUGACACGUCUUCUUCAGGAUUCUUUAGGAGGAAAUUCAAAAACCAUGAUGUGUGCAAAUAUUGGGCCAGCAGAUUACAAUUAUGAUGAAACUAUCAGUACAUUACGGUAUGCUAACCGUGCUAAGAAUAUUAAAAAUAAAGCUAGAAUUAAUGAAGAUCCAAAGGAUGCUCUGCUUCGUCAGUUUCAGAAAGAAAUAGAAGAACUGAAAAAAAAGCUCGAAGAAGGGGAAGAAAUAUCAGGCUCUGAUAUCAGUGGGUCAGAGGAAGAUGAUGAUGAAGAUGGUGAGAUUGGAGAAGAUGGAGAGAAAAGGAAAAAAAGAAGAGAUCAAGCAGGUAAAAAGAAAGUUUCUCCAGAUAAAAUGGUUGAAAUGCAAGCAAAAAUUGAUGAAGAGAGAAAAGCACUUGAAACAAAGCUUGACAUGGAAGAAGAAGAAAGAAACAAGGCUAGAGCUGAACUAGAGAAACGGGAAAAAGAUCUACUUAAAGCCCAACAAGAGCAUCAGUCUUUGCUAGAAAAAUUAUCUGCGCUGGAGAAGAAGGUAAUUGUUGGUGGUGUUGAUUUGUUGGCCAAAGCAGAGGAACAAGAGAAACUUCUUGAAGAAUCUAAUAUGGAACUGGAAGAAAGAAGGAAAAGAGCAGAGCAACUUCGCAGAGAACUUGAAGAAAAAGAGCAAGAACGCUUAGAUAUUGAAGAAAAAUAUACCAGUUUGCAAGAGGAAGCACAGGGAAAGACUAAGAAGUUAAAGAAAGUUUGGACAAUGCUGAUGGCUGCAAAGUCAGAGAUGGCUGAUCUUCAACAGGAACAUCAGAGGGAAAUUGAAGGCCUUCUGGAGAACAUUCGGCAGCUUAGCCGGGAGCUUCGACUUCAGAUGCUUAUUAUUGAUAACUUUAUACCUCAGGAUUAUCAGGAAAUGAUCGAAAACUAUGUCCAUUGGAAUGAAGACAUAGGAGAAUGGCAGCUAAAAUGUGUUGCAUACACAGGAAAUAACAUGAGGAAGCAAACCCCAGUACCUGAUAAAAAGGAGAAAGAUCCCUUUGAAGUGGACCUUUCCCACGUGUAUCUUGCCUAUACUGAGGAGAGUCUACGUCAGUCUCUGAUGAAAUUAGAGAGGCCACGGACUUCUAAGGGGAAGGCACGGCCCAAGACAGGGAGAAGAAAGCGUUCUGCAAAGCCUGAAACUGUAAUUGACUCUUUACUUCAGUAAAUGUUACAGACUUAAAAUUACAAUAAAAUUUUAUGAUAUUCUCA